ACCGACACGAUGUCCAUCCCAGAUCUGAUCAAGAAGAAGAGAGAUGGAAGAACGCUGAGCGACGACGAGAUCAAAACCUUCAUCCAGUCUGUGGUGAACGAAACCAUCCAGGAGUGUCAGACAGGAGCCAUGCUGAUGGCGAUCUGGCAGAAGGGAAUGGUCGACCAGGAAACCAAGACCCUGACCAGGGAGAUGAUGUCAUCAGGGGAAGUGAUGUCGUGGCCUGAGGAGUGGGCGGGGCUUGUGGUUGACAAACACUCAACGGGAGGUGUGGGAGAUAAAGUCAGCCUGGUGUUGGCGCCGGCGCUCGCUGCCUGCGGCUGUAAGGUGCCUAUGAUCAGUGGGCGGGGCUUGGCUCACACAGGAGGGACUCUGGAUAAACUGGAAUCGAUUCCCGGAUUCAGCAUCCACCGAUCGGCAGCACAGAUUCUGGAGAUCCUGGGCUCCGUGGGCUGUUGCAUUGUGGGUCAGACGGAGAAGCUGGUCCCUGCAGAUCGAGUCCUGUACGCCCUGCGGGACGCCACCAGCACUGUGGACAGCUUACCACUGAUUACCGGUUCUAUAAUCUCAAAGAAAGGAGCCGAGUCUCUGACAGCUCUGGUGCUCGAUGUAAAGUUUGGAGGAGCUGCUUUAUAUAAAGACCUGGAGAGUGCUAAAGAACUAGCACAGUCAUUA